AUGUCCAGAAUACAGACCCCUCCCAGACCCAUUUCCCUUAAAUCAGAGGACCGCCUCGGUGUUCUGGCUGAGGACAGACCGGCGUUGCAGAAGCUUACAGAGCAGAGCGGCUCCAGGAAAGGUUCAGAGACACAGAAGGAGGAGGACCGAUCAAGUCAUCAGGCUCAACUUCAGCAUGGCCUUUGGGACGUGUACCACGACGUGUAUCAUCAAAUGCUUUCAAGAAACACCUGUGAUCCUUGACCCGUCACAGAUGCUUCACCAUGCCAGUCUGAACUCUGUGGAGACACGGCACACAGACCUGAGCAGCCUGGCUCUGAGGGAGUCAGGACCUCUGCUGAGAGGUCUCCAAUCGCUCAACGACCUGUCAGAGAUGCUCCUCAGUACAAACUCUGACAUUGUUCUUCCUGGAUGUCAGACAUUUGAUGACAUAAGACAAGAGAUCAAGAACAUGAAGCAGCACCUGGAAGAGUCAGAGCAGAUAGCUGUUGGAGAACUGCAGCACCUCGAUGAGGAGACUGAGAGUCUGACUGCAGAGCAAAGUUCUUUGGAAGAACAGAAGAAGAGGAGAGAAGGUGAACUAGGAGACUUGAGACUCCAGCUGCUCUCUCACAGGUCUUCUUUGCAGAGUUACAAUGAAGCUCUGAAGACUGAGAAAGACAACCUGCAGUCUGCAGAAACAACUCUGUACGACAUGAGACGGAAAAGAGAUGAAGCAGAGAGAAUGAGAAAUGUUGGAGUUGCCAUAAUGUUCAUUCCAAUUGUGGGAUGGAUUCCUGGGGCAGUCAUGACUAUUGUUGGUCAGAAGGAUCUAGACUCAGCCUCUGAGCAGGUAGACCGAGCUCGCAGUGAGGUAGGGAGGUGUGAAUCUCAGAUAAUGUCCUACUCCAACCAAGUGUCCCACUAUGAGGGACUCAUCUCUCAAGCUCAGACCGACAUCCAAGAGGCCAACAGGAGGAUUCAUGAAGCUGGGCUCAAACUGCAAACCUUGUCUGUGACGCGAUCAACUGUUGCAGACUUUCAGAGUAAAACUAGAAGAGCUGUCCAUCAACUGGAGCUGCUGUGUGGAGUGGGAAGUGUGGCAGAGCUGCAGACCCGCCGUCUGAUCCUGCUGGAGCCAGUGUUGAACGUGAUGGAGGAAAUGAUGGCAGCUCUGGGAUGGAUGAACAGAGACGACCUGCUGCACUCUGAGAAGAUGGAAAGCAUCAUGUGGGACAUGAGAAACAACCAAAGGAGGUUGAAGGAUAAAAUAGCUCUGUGUGGCGAUCAUUCAGAUGAAGGUUAUUACUGAAACACUAAAUACUUUCUUGAAAAAAAUGGCUGAUUUGGUGGAUGAUGUUGGUACACACAGUGUUGCAGAGAUGCUGAACUGAAUGGAAGAAUGGGUCAAAGUAGCAGCUGCAGUGUGCUGAAAACCUACAGGAGACCACCGGCCUCCUUUAUAGCCAGCCAGGGUUACAUCACUAAGUAUUGAAGUGAGCUUUUCUUAUCCUUUUCUGCUCCAUUAUACAAAUACAUUCUUGAGCUAUUGUACAUUAUGAUUUCUUUGAUUUCAUUUGUAUGUUCUGUCUUUUACAAAUAAAGUACGAACAGGCUGGAUCCAAAUGCAGCAGGUUUAUUAGCUCAGCUAAAAGUCCACAAAGCUAAAUCAGGGUCGGGCAGACAGGAGUCAAUGAAAGGCAUAAAUUCCUCUGAGGAGAGACAGGAUGGUCAAAAGCCGGGGCAGGCGGCAAGCGAACUGGGUCAGGAAACACAAGAUCAGGUCCAGAUAUAAAGCUCGGUAAGGAAGGCAGAGCGGCACCAAUAAUACUCCUAACUGAUCUCAGCUCAGUGCAGAGAUUAAGCAGACUGUGGUUGAUUGAAUGACAGUCAGGUCUGCAAAAUCCAGGAAAUGUUAGAACUCUGUGGAUGGUUCUCGCUGGGGACCAGAUGGGGAGACAGAUUUCUGACUUCUGACAGAGCCCCCUCCUACAUGUGUCUCCAGAAGCGAGGGGCCCUCCAAGGUCGAGGUCGGGGCGCUGGUCUGUCCAGGUGACGUCAGUGGAAGUUACUGAUCAGGGAGUGGUCAAGGAUGUCGUCAGCAGCUACUGAGUAGCGUUCCUCUGGGCCAACCCCCUCCAAUUCCACCUGAUUUGAAGAUGACUGCCUCGGCGCCGGCAGUCUAGGAUCGCCCUGACAAGAUGGGUUGCAUCGCCAUCCACCAUCAAGGGGGGCGUGCUGACGUCACGCCAUCGGGUGGCCCUCCACCGGGCUUCAACAGUGAUUGGUGUUAACGUGCCCGCGUCUUAACACCCGGUGCGCCUUUUGUAUGUGUCAAAGACGGAAAAAUCCCCUGUGACUGAGACCCUAUCAUCCGGUGUGCCCUAUGGUCGUGAAAUAUGGUAGUUGCAGAGUUAGAUACGCUAAUUCUCUCUAAGAGUUCUGGUAAUCGCCUGUCAGUCCUGGGGGAGGCUCCCUCCUUUAUGUGGACACCCUUGAGGUUUCUUUGUUUUUCCCGGAAUCCGUUUCUUUUUCCUCUGAGUUUUUCCUUACCGCGAAGGCAGAAAUGUCCAGUCUAGUUUAGUCUGUUUGGUUUAGUUUAGCAAUCAUUUAAAUUAUAUGACUGUAUGUUCUUCAUGAUUCAUGUUUAUUAUACAAUCACCGGCAUGAAGCCCAUUCAGAUGACUAUAGUUGUAAAUAUUGGGCUAUAUAAAAAUAUUUGAAUUGA